AUGCAGGGCCGCAACUUUACGCGCACAGCGCUGACGUGCUGUGUGGCGCUCUUGCAAGCAAAAGCGCUUGUAAAGGGAGGAGUUGCUACGUGCCCUGCGGAUCCCAGUGCUGACACAGAGCCUCCUGAGAUCAUCCUAGGCGAUGUUGGAGUCGGAGAUCGGCCAGCCCCUGGAGAAUGCACAGCCGUUCGGACUUAUGAUGUAAUCGAGGUACGCGACAACUGUCCAGGCGAUGUCACAUGGUCCUGCGUGCCACCAUCUGGCUCUUCGUUCCCUAUCGGUGACACCACAGUUACCUGCACGGCGACCGAUGUUGCUGGUAACACUGGAUCAGCAUCCCUUCGUGUUUGGGUGCAGGACCUGAAUCCGGUGCCUCCAGUCUUCGAUGUGGUGCCGAAUGACGUGUCCGUGAGCACAGACCAAGGACAGUGCGGAGCCGUUGUGAAUUUCACUGUGCCCACCGCAACAGACGACUGUCCAGGAGUGCAGGUAUCCUGUUCGCCAGAAUCGGGCUCAACGUUUUCGGUCGGUACCACCACGGUGACGUGCACCGCCACCGAUGCUGGUGGGAGCACUGCCUCGGCAGAAUUUGACGUUAACGUCCGUGACCUCUGGGCUCCCAACAUCACGCUGGGCGAUGUUAUGAGGGAAACAGCCACAUCCCCUGGACUUUGCGAAGGCAUUGUGGUUUACGACGUAUCCGCAAUCGACAACUGUCCAGGCGAUGUCACAUUGUCCUGCGUGCCAGCGAAUGGCUCUUUGGUCCCAGUCGGUGACAACAGAGUUGACUGCACGGCGACCGAUGUUGCUGGACUGGCUCAAUCGGGGACAGGCUUCUCGGUUACAGUGAGGGACCACGAGAAUCCAGUCUUCGAUCCGGUCCCGGAUGAUGUGACAGUGACAAACGACCCAGGACAGUGCGGAGCCGCUGUGGAUUAUGUGGCCAAUGCAGCCGACAACUGUCCAGGAGUUCAGGUAGUUUGUUCGCAAGAAUCCGGCACCACGUUCUCGGUCGGUACCACCACAGUGACAUGCAACGCCACGGAUGCUUCUGGCAACAAGGCCUCGUCGGAAUCUUUCGUCGUUCCUCGGCCGUUCUCGACAAUCAUUUCCAAUGUACCA